AUGUGACUUGUUCUGCAGCACUAGUGAGCUGUAAUGAUUAUACCUACAAGGUUUUUCAUUGAUUUUGUAGACGCGUUGUAUUUUUGACUAGGUAAAAAUGUCGAGAGUUGUUUCCAAAAAGGAUACAAUGAACAAAUCGCUAAAUUCAACUAAAUCAGGUGAUAUGAUACUUUGCUAUUUAUCUUUAAAAAAACAAAACCAAUUGAAUAUUUUCGAUCGUCCUUUUCUACCAAGUCAACAUGUUCGGGCUUAUUUGGCGCGUAUCUUGUUAUAAGUGAUUAUCGUUAUGAAUUUCAGGAACCCUGAGGUCAACUGCUUCAAGAAAUGGUGCUUUUGCUGCCAGUUUUGCAGGGAAAAGUACACUGGGGACGAAGAACCUCUCAGACAGUGCCAGUAUAGAGGCCGAAUAUAUAAAAAACCUGCAACAACAAAUCUACUUUUUAGAACUAGAAGCAAAUUACUUGUAAGGAAGAGUAUCAAUAAGAAACUUAUCAAUGCUAAUCAUUUUUCUUGUAUACACAUAUAAAAACCAAACAAACAAACAUUAAAUAGGAGAGAGCAAGGACGUAAAGCUACACAAAUGCAGCCAGUUAUGACAGCUGAGGCGGAGAGAAUGCUGUCAAAACUUCGAACAAUGCAGACUGAUAUAGAUGGCCUAAGAUCCGAAUUGAGGAGGAAAGAGGCAGCUUUAGAAGUUGGAAAAGCUACUAUAGAACGUUUAGAGUUAAGGCUAAAAACCGAACAAGACUCGCAUUCCAGAGAGAAAAGACUGCUGUUGGAUGAAGCUGUCUCGUUGAGAAGGGAUAAGGAAUCUGCAGAGAGAGAUUUAAUUAGGAAAGAGGCUCAAUUAAAAGCGGCUGGUGAACAAACAGAGAGAACAUCUGAAGCUCUAUCAAAAGCUGAAGAGCGAAUUGAGCUAUUGCGUUUGCAAUCGGAGCAGACCAACGAUCAAAAUAGGACACUUGCGGGUCAAUUGGAUGCCAAGAGGUCGGAACUCUUAAAGGUUGAGGCCACUUUACAAGGUUUAGAGGAAAAACAGUAUGAAGCUCUGAGGAGCCGAUUAGGGAAAUCACUAAACAAUGACGAUAGCAAACUAGAGAGACAAAUUCAAGACUUGAAGAAUAAAUUGGAUUUAGAAAGAAGUGAAAAAGAGGCGGCAGACGAGAGAAGAACUCAACAAUUGGCCGAACUCUUAGCUACAAGAGAGAGAGAGAGAAGACUCGAGGACGAAUUAGACAGAACAAAAGCUCAACUAAGACUAGAAUCGGAGAGGGUUCAAAGGAACCAGACUGAGUCUACAAUUGAGACGGAAAGUCUACGAAGAGAAAAGGAAUCUCUUGUCGAACACGUUUCCGAUUUACAAGUUCAAAUUUCGGAUAAGGAAGCUAAACUAUUCGAAAUGGAAAGGAGAUUAAAGCAGUUAGAAGUUGUCGAAAAAAAUGAUGUAGUUUCUAAAAAAAUGGGUGUUGUUUAUAAAAACAAAGUAAUGGAAAAGGAUGUUAGUUUCUAUCUGUCUCAACUAGAAAAAACCCCUGUUAAACUAUUCAAUGACAGUUUCUCUAUGUUUUCAUACCUGCAAAAUGCUGAUAUUGAAGAGGAGGGCGUACCUUGUAGCAAUCCAAUUAGGGAUUCUCUUCGUAGCUUUAGUAGGAAAAUGAAAGAGAUAAAAAAAAAAUGGACCAUUGCUAAACUAGCUGAAAUAGAGAUGGCACUGAAGAGGGGUAAAUGUAAAGAUCCUUAUAAAAACUACGAUAAAAAGGCAAAGAAUCCUAUUUCUUCCGGAAUUGGUAAUGUAGAGUAUAAAAGAAAAUGUUUGCACGUCCAUAGGAGGCGGGAGUUUUCCGCAUUCGAAAAUAAUCAACCUUAUCGUGCUAUACCGCUAGAUGGAGACAUCAAAGUUGAAAUUGUCAGAAAGAGGAAUAUUAUUGAAAAAGACGUCGAAAACGUAAAGCAUGGUCGAGCAUUAGAAGGCGGAGAAGAGGAAGAAGAAGAGAAAGAAGAGGGGGAGGAGGAGGAGGAGGAAGAGGAGGAGGAGGAAGAAGGAGAGGAAAGAGAAGAAGAAGAAGAAGGAGAAGAAGAAGAAGAAGAAGAAGAGGAAGAGGAUUACAGAGAGGAAGGAGAAGAAAAUUAUAGAAAUGAAGAAAUUAUAAGACAAAUAGGGAAAAAAAAAGAUUUAAGAUUAACAAAUAUACCAUUGCCAAACUACGCAAAAUUAUUGUCAUUACCUAAGAGGAGUACUACGUUAAGAAUACCUAAAAGAAAAUCGCAUAAACUACAAGAUACACCAAAAUCCUAUUCAAAAGUACAUAAUGAAUAUAAAGUGAAUGAAAUUUCAGAGAGAUUCGGUAUAGCUAAAUACGAAAAAUAUAACGAUGAACUAACUAAACCAUAUAUUAUAAAAAUAACGAAAUAA